CCUUCGGGCUGUAGAUGGAGCUGUCCGGCCCGGCGCGGGGACGGCGCCGGGGAACCUCCUUCUUCUCCGCCGGCCGCGAGGGGAACCGCGCUCCCAGGAUGCAGUUUGUGUCAACACGACCACAGCCGCAGCAGCUGGGCAUCCAGGGCCUGGGGCUGGACGGCGGCGGCUGGAGCUGGGCGCAGGCGCUGCCCCCCGAGGAGGUGUGCCCACCGGAGCCGGCGCUGCGCGCGGACAUGGCUGAGGGGAUGCCCCCCAUGCAGGCUCAGGAGUGGGACAUGGACACUCGGCGGCCAGUGCCUUUCCAGUUCCCCACUUUCCCAGACCGGGCCCCCGUCUUCCCUGACCGCAUGAUGCGUGAACCCCAGCUACCCACUGCCGAGAUCUCUCUGUGGACCGUGGUGGCCGCCAUCCAAGCAGUGGAGAGGAAGGUGGAUGCCCAAGCCAGCCAGCUGCUGAACCUGGAGGGGCGCACAGGAACAGCUGAGAAGAAGCUGGCCGACUGCGAGAAGACGGCCGUGGAGUUCGGGAACCACAUGGAGAGCAAGUGGGCCGUGCUGGGGACGUUGCUGCAGGAGUACGGGCUGCUGCAGCGGAGGCUGGAGAACAUGGAGAACCUGCUGAGGAAUAGAAACUUCUGGAUCCUGCGGCUGCCCCCGGGCAGCAAGGGUGAGGUGCCCAAGGUUCCAGUGACCUUCGUCGACAUUGCUGUCUACUUCUCUGAGGAUGAAUGGAAGAGCCUGGAUGGAUGGCAGAAGGAGCUGUACAACAACCUGGUUAAGGAGAACUACAAAACCCUGAUGUCUCUGGAUGCGGAGAACCCAGCACCCAAGCAAGCUGCUCCACCCCAGGUUGAACCAAGGGAGGAGCCGUGUGUGUGGGAGCAGCGGAACCCCGAAGAGAGAGACAUCCCAGUGGACCCGGACACAGGAGCAGAGCCCCUGAUGCCCACACAGGAUGUAUCCUCUCAGGUGAAGCGUGAAGAAGCCCUGAGUGUCCGAGGCCAACGGGGUGUGGAAGACAGGGAGCUCCCCACAGAGCCCAUCACUGAUUCCCCGAUCUCCGCUCAGGACCUGCUGUCCCGGAUUAAGCAGGAGGACCACCAGUGUGUGUGGGACCAGCAGGAUUUGGUGGAGAGGGAUAUCCCAACGGACCCCAAUUCAGAGUCUCUGCUUUCAGCACAUGACAUUCUGUCAUGGAUCAAGCAAGAGGAGCAGCCGUUCCCGUGGGGCCCACGUGACUCCGUGGAAGGGGAGCUGGGGCUAGACUCUAGCACUGGUGACAGCCUGCUGAUGGUGAAGAACCCUCCUCCGCCCCCGCCCCCGGCCCCUCCGCAGCCCCAGUCCCAGCCCCAGCCCCAGCCCCAGCCCCAGCCCCAGCCCCAACCGCAGCCGCAGACCCAGCAGCCGAGCCUCCCUCCGGCCCCUGUAGCCGAGGGCACGGGUGGUCCCCCAAGCCGGGGCGUGGUUGGGGGUCUGGAGGGUGGCUUUCCUGUGCUGCCUGGAGAGCGUGGUACCUGCGGGGCACCUGGGGGCUCGGGGAGCGGGCCGGGGGGCGCCGGUGGAGGGUCUGGUGGGCCGGGGGGCGGACCCGGCGGUUGCGGAGGCUGCUGUCCGGGUCCCGGGGCACCCCGGCGGGCCCUUCAGGCGCAUGGUGGCCGAGGCAAGCCCUAUGCAUGUCCCGAAUGUGGCAAGAGCUUCGGUGUGCGCAAGAGCCUGGUCAUCCAUCACCGUAGCCACACCAAGGAGCGGCCAUUCGCGUGCGCCGAGUGCGAGAAGAGUUUCAACUGCCACUCGGGCCUCAUUCGCCACCAGAUGACGCACCGCGGAGAGCGCCCGUUCCGCUGCGCUGAUUGCGACAAGACGUACAGCCGUAAGGAGCACCUACAGAACCACCAGCGGCUGCACACAGGCGAGCGGCCCUUCCAGUGCGCGCUCUGCGGCAAGAGCUUUAUCCGCAAGCAGAACCUGCUCAAACACCAGCGCAUCCACACCGGGGAGCGGCCUUACCCAUGCGCCGAGUGUGGCAAGCGCUUCCGCUACAAGGAGUCGCUCAAGGACCACCUGCGCGUGCACGGCGGUGGCGCGGGGCCGGGCCUGGCGGCGGCAAGGCCACCUCAUGCGCCUCCUGAGCGGGACUAG